CGUAUGAGUAGCACACGACGGCUGCCAGCACGCCCCACCCAACGCAAACAACAGCUAAUCCAGCUCGACAGGUUCGGCCAGCAGCUACAGAGCUCCCUGAUCAAGGACUGGUACUACUACUACAUCUCCUACGACGAGCUCAAGAGACUUCUCCAGCCCGAAACAAAGUCAAAGUCGACCGCCGAGAACGCCGACGAACCCGACAAGUCAUGGACCGACGAACACGAAACCCGCUUCUACCGCGAGCUUGAGGCCGAGCUGGACAAGGUCUCCAACUUCCAGCAGGUCAAGAGCGGCGAGAUCCAGCGCCGCAUCAACAUCAGCGAGCGCGAGGUCACAGAGGUCAUCUCCCGCGCAAAGGCCGCCCUGCAACAAGGAGAGAAUGAGCAAUCCAACAUGGAGGUCCCUAGCGAGGAGGACUUUGCCAUGCUCGAGGAAGACCUGUCCGACAUCAUUGCCGACGUCCACGACCUGGCCAAGUUCACCCAGCUCAACUACACUGGCUUCCAGAAGAUCAUCAAGAAGCACGACAAGCUCUACCCUGACCAGCAGCUGAAGCCUCUCUUUGCCGCUCGUCUCAAUGCAAAGCCCUUCUUCAAGGACAACUACGACGCUUCCAUUGUUCGUCUGUCGCAGCUCUACGACCAAGUCCGCACCCGCGGCAACCCCACCAAGGGUGACUCGUCCGCUGGUGGCAGCCAGCAAAACUUCGUCCGCCAAACGACAAAAUACUGGGUCCAUCCCGACAACAUUACCGAGCUCAAGCUCAUCAUCCUCAAGCACUUGCCCGUGCUUGUCUUCAAUCCCAGCAAGGAAUUUGAGAUCAAGGACUCGGCCAUUUCAUCCAUCUACUACGACAACACAGACACCUGGGAGCUGUACGAGGGCCGUCUCAAGAAGACCGAGGGUGCAGAGGCCAUCCGUCUGAGAUGGUACGGCGAUAUGGAUGUUGACACCAUCUUCGUUGAGCGCAAAACACACAGAGAAGACUGGACCGGUGAGAAGUCGGUCAAGGCUCGUUUCGCACUCAAGGAGAAGAAUGUCAACGCUUUCAUGCGCGGCGACUACACCGUCGAGCAGGCUUUCGAGAAGAUGCGCCGUGAUGGCAAGAAGAGCGAGAAGGAAAUCGCCGAUCUUGAGCAACUCGCCAGAGAGAUCCAAUACCGUGUCAUCACCCGCAAGCUCCAACCCGUCACCCGCUCUUUCUACAACCGUACCGCGUUUCAGUUGCCUGGCGAUGCCCGUGUUCGUGUCUCGCUCGAUACUGAGCUGACCAUGACUCGUGAGGACAACCUUGAUGGACGCGAACGUGCCGGCAAGAACUGGCGACGUAUGGAUAUCGGCAUCGAUUGGCCCUUCGGCCAACUACCUGCCGAGGACGCCGAGCGCUUCCCUUACGCUGUUCUUGAGGUCAAGCUGCAAACACAGGCUGGCCAACAGCCUCCUGAGUGGAUCCGUGAGCUUGUCGCAUCUCACUUGGUGGAAGCCGUGCCCAAGUUCUCCAAGUUCAUCCACGGUACCGCAACCCUCAACCCUACCCGUAUUGACUUGCUGCCCUUCUGGAUGCCUCAGAUGGACACCGACAUCCGUAAGCCUGUCUCGCAUCGCUUCGGUAUCGAACGUCCUGGGCAAAGCACAGAUAUCUCCACCAGUGGGCAGAUGGACGAUGACUCCGAUGAUGAGAUGGAAGAUUCCGCCAACCUACCCAACGGCGAUGAUGAGAACUAUCGUCGUCUGCGGGCUGCUAGGGAUGCUCUCGAGCAGCAUGAGGUUGCCCAGCGCAUGGAUUACGGCACCACUAACGGUGGCGCCGACACCAACUCGCUGGACGAGGAAGAGCGUCUGGCCGCCAGACCCAUCACCGACGAAGAAGAUUACCCACUGUAUGACAGUGAUGACGAGGAUGAUGAUCUUGAGGAAGCGAAACGCAUCGGCGGCUGGACAUAUCGUCGCAAGCUGUUGACACACUACGCUGACAAGGUCGGAGACAAGCUGGCAACCGCUUUCAGACUCGCUGCACCCACCCCUAAACCUACUGCCAUGCCUUCGAAUGGAGACGCUUCGAUGGGUAUUCCGAGUGCCAGAAACAAUGACCAUAUCCGCGAGAAGCGUUAUAAGGCACCGAAGGGCAAGAAAAUCCACGUGCCAGUGCGUGUUGAGCCCAAGGUCUUCUUCGCAGCUGAGCGCACCUUUCUGUCAUGGCUUGAGUUCAGCAUUAUCAUCGGCAGUAUCGCUGCCACUCUGCUUAAUUUCGGUGACACCACGGCUCUGGCUUCUGCCUGGGCCUUCACCAUUGUCGCCUUGUUUGCGAUCUGCUACAGCAUGGGACUGUACCUCUACCGUGUGCAAUCGAUCCGCAGCCGUCGCGCAAUUACUUACCACGACAAGUGGGGCCCUAGUAUAUUGUGUGUUCUUCUGUUCGCUGCUGUGACCGUCACCUUUGCUUACAGAUUCACACACGGUGGUGAAGGUGGGCUGAAGGGCGAUCUCAAGGGUUGA